AUGAAAAAAAACAAUUUGACAAACGCCGGGAAUGAAAAAGAAAUAGCUGACGUCACGCACGCUUGGGCUGCGGCGGCGCGAACGGUCGAUAGCUGGAGCGACAGGCGGUGCCGGCCCGGGUCACAGCCUGCUGCGAUCGAUACCGGCGCGGCGGCGGGAGCACGACGCGUCGGGCAGCCCGCCCCCGGACACGAGAUUUACCCUCCGCCGCGUGACACGGGCGGGAAACGGCGAGGGGACCCAAACCGGGCCCGGGUAAUACACGGCGGUUCCCCUGCGUCCAGCUGGCGAAUGAGCGGCGCCCCGCCCCCGCAGGCGCCGUGGCUGGCGUUAGCGCCGCCUUUUUACCAAGCAAACCAUUCGC